AUGGCUGGAGGCGCCGCUGUGUCUGCUGGCUCCGCCGGGAAUUAUGCCGCUGUCAUGGACCCCAAUAGGAAGUGGAAUAACAACAGACGACUUAUAACCCUCCAUGCUUGGGUUGUCCUACUCGUCAUUACCUCUUCUACCAAUGGUUUCGACAGCACGCUUAUGAACAGCUUCCAAUCUCUACCUCAAUGGGAGGACUACUUUGAUCAUCCGUCAGGCGGGAAGCUUGGUCUCUUGAAUGCUAUUCAAAACAUAGGAUCGCUUGCGGGAUACCCCUUUGCGCCGUACUUCUCGGACGGAAUCGGUCGUCGCCCUACCAUCUGGUUCGGAGCUACCAUCAUGUUGAUCGGUGUCGGCGUUCAGAGCGCUGCCUACAACCUCGGCAUGUUCAUUGGUGCGCGAUUCUGCAUUGGAUUCGGUUUGACAUUCGCAGCAAAUGCCGCCCCCAUGCUUGUCACGGAGAUUUCAUAUCCGACAUACCGUGCCCCGCUUACCUCCGCGUACAACUCUCUGUGCAUCUCAACAGCGAAUAGUCUUAGCGGAUUCCCUCCGUCCUCCAAGGGCAAGUACGAACAAGCGCUGAAGACACUUGCAUAUUACCAUGCCGAUGGCGAUGAAAUGGACCCCCUCGUCCAGUAUGAGUUCGAGGAGAUCAAGGCCGCUAUCGAGCUUGAUCGUGAAGUGGCAAAGAACGUCGGUUGGACCUCGCCCCUUGCCACGCCUGGCAACCGCAAACGUACAACCAUUAUCAUUGCCAUCGCAUUCUUCUCGCAGUGGUCUGGCAACGGUCUGAUUUCCUACUACCUCAACAAAGUUUUCGACGCCAUCGGUAUCACAUCAUCUACCGUGCAGUUGCUCGUCCAGGGUAUUCUCGCUAUCUGGAACCUGGCGUGGGCAUUGGGCGUCUCCGCGUUCGUCGAACGGAUCGGACGACGUACUCUUUUCCUUUCGAGCGCGGCCGGCAUGCUCGUUUUUUUCACCAUGCAGACUGUGUGCUCUGCUCAGUUUGCCAUCCACGGUAGUCCGGCGGCGGCACAUGCGGUUAUUGCAGCAAUCUUUCUGUUCUAUGCAGCCUACGAUCUUGCAUUCACUCCGCUGAUUGUGACUUACGCAAUUGAGAUCUUGCCGUACUCGCUGCGGGCCAAGGGCUUCAACGUUUUCAACUUCGUCAUCUCCCUCGCGCUCAUUUUUAACCAGUAUGUGAAUCCCAUCGCACUUGAAAAGAUCGGCUGGCGGUACUACAUUGUAUACUGCUGCUGGAUUGCGUUCGAGUUCGUCUUCUUGUACUUCAUGGUCAUCGAGACAAGGAAUCGCACACUCGAGGAGACCGCGGCGCUAUUCGAUGGCGAAGACAUCUCAAAGCAUGUCGUCCACAUUGCCGAAGAGGGAGGGGUGCAAGAAUUGCACCUCAACGAUGGCAAAGCAUGCGUAUAA